CAAAUAUUCAAAUCAAAUCUGUGAAAUAUAAGAAAAACUUGUGCCUGACACUGCAGAGUUCUCAUAUUCGCAGCCGGUGAGAAGAAGCACUUCUGCCUUCUCCAAACAUGAAUCUAUUUCUGAUCACUUUUCUUUUGUUCUCUAUUCGUAUGACAAGCGGCGCAGCUUGUACCGGGCAGACCAACAAAAUGUGUCAGGACGCUUGUGUUCGCAGAGGACAUCCAAGUGGAAGAUGUAGAAUCCGCAGAGGAAAUUCGCUACGGUGUAUAUGCGAUCCAAAGGGAAGGAAUUGAGUAUGCUUGCUUUCAAGGCACAUUUACAUCAAACGUUUACAACUUUGUGCAUGAAUUUCUUUUAUC